CCCCAGUACUAGCUUAGCUAUUUGAGAGAGGAGAAUAAGGAAAGGGAGCGAUUGUUACUUAAACUCUGCGCCCACUCUCCCAUUCCUCGCUCCUAGAUCUGCAUUACAUAGCACCGUCGAAGUUCGAAGCACUCAUAACGACAUCGCGGCAUCGUCGGACAAACUAUGAUUCUGUUCUGUUCUCCUUCCAAGUUUGAAGCAGUCAGGCAAUCUGUACAACGCCAUUAAUUUUUUAUUUAUUUAAUUUUUUGUCUGCCUUGUACGCAAACGACAAAUCCCUUCAAACAAACUUCUACGAGAAAGCUGCAGGACCACUUCGUCUUCAAGGAAUCGCAGCCGCACUGCCGUUGGAUCGCUGCGAGCCACCGACCAGUAGCUCCGCAACUUUCACCGUGUCGCCGUCUUCAGUUUUCAUCUCAGUCAGCAGCUCUGUCGACCGUCAUCGGCUCCGAUCAGUCGUAAAGCGUCCAACAGCAGCUUGCAGCUCCUUAGGUUCGAACCUCAACCUCCUUAUUCCCUAAACCCUAAUUCCAUAUGUCAUGAAAUUUUCCUGAGAUUUACAAUAUAUUAAUUGUCUUAUAAAUUGUAAUUGGUGAAUUGUUAAUUGUUAAUUGUAAAUUGGUGAAUUUUGAUUGUGAAUUAUAAAUUAUGAAUGGGUGAAUUGUGAAUUAUAAAUUAUGAAGGGGUGAAUUGUGAAUUAUAAAUUAUGAAUGGGUGAAUUGUGUCUUUUCUAGAUUGAUUGUUGCUUUCCACUCAAAGCUGAUUCAUACUAGGUCAGUUGCCCUACUGAUUUUUUAUUUUUUAUUUUCAAAAUGAUGUUGUUUUGAUAUAUGUGUGUGUGUGUGUUUUUUCAUCAUUAAAUAGCAUGAUAGUUUUAACUACAGAAAAGUUGUGCAAAGAAUUAGUAAGAAUUGUGCCACCAUCUAAUUUUUGUGGAGUGGAUGAUCCACCGAAUUCAUGGUGGACUUUGAUUGAUUAGGUGAAACGGUUCUGUAAAGUUUGUUUGUUCUUACAGGUUGUGUGGUUAUAAUAGUAAGAUUGUGUUAGCCAUGCAAUUUGUACUGCAUGGCAAUAUUAUUCUAUACCUCUAUAAAUGGAGGCUUGAUAAGUGUUUACACUUUAUCAAAUUAAAAUCAAGGAAAUUUAGUACUAGCUUAUGGAUGUGUCAAAUAGGCUUUUUGCAAUUGCCACCAAAAUGGGACAACUGUAAAAUGAAAUUAAAGAACAUUGUGCAAGGAAAGAAGUGCAUGUUGGUGCUACAAAGAGAGUUUCCUUCUUUACAAGAUCCAUUGUUCCAACACUUAAGUUUAGCGCUCUACGGUGCUUUUUAAUUUCAUUUUGCAGUUGCCUCAUUUCGGCACCAAAAGCCUGUUUGACGCUAACUCUAUGUGCUAGUACUAAUUUUUUUGCUUUAAUUUGAUAAAGUGAAAAUCCUUAUUGAGCUCCCAUAUAUAGAAUGAUAAGAGUAAUAUUACCCUGCAUACAAAUUGCAUGGUUGGUGCAAUUCUUACUAUUAUAUCCAUGUAACCUGUAUAAACAAAUAAACUUUGCAGAACUAUUUUACCUAAUCAAUUGCGGUGAAAUUAGCAAUGGAUUCGGUUUAUCAUCUACCUCAAGAAUUGGAUGGCUAGCAUAUAUAUACACAUACACACACUUUCUUUUCAAACUCAAUUAAAAUUGCAAUCUGCCUUGAAUCCUUGAGUGCCUUCAACCAAGAUACUGAGAAGUGACCUCUAGACUCUAGAGUCUAGACAGCAAAGUCGAGACCACCAGUGAAGACAGCUGAAAUCCUUUGCAAGUCUGGACACAGCAAUGCAAAACAAUGUUUGGGGGAAAUGGUGCACAUUCAUCUCUUCCAAAAAUAGGUGAAGUUGCUCUAAACCUGGUCUCGAAGCCUCCGCAUAGAAUCCUCGAAGAAAAGUUCAUAUCAUUAUUGCAAUCAUGCAAGACAACAAGGAACCUCAAACAAAUCCAAGCCCAGAUCACAAUUCACGGUCUUAAUCAAAACGAGUACACGACCCCUCAUUUUCUGUUGAAAUGUUUCGAAUUAAAUCAAGUUCAUCACGCUCGCCACCUGUUUGAUCAAAUUCCCUACCCAAGUUCUUCGCUUUGGAACACUAUGUUCAAAGGUUACCUUCAAAAGGACCAGCACAGAGAGGUGCUGGUGCUUUUUCGUCGGAUGAGGAACAAGGAUGAGAGGCCGAGCUGCUACACAUUUCCCAUAAUUUUGAAGUGUUGUGGGAAGUUAUAUGCUUUAAGGGAAGGCGAGGAAGUGCAUUGUGUCGUGAUCAAGAUUGGGCUUAAGUCUAAUACAUUCGUGGGUACUACCUUGAUUGAUUUGUAUUCUAGAGCAAGGAAAGUCGAGUCUGCUCAUAGAGUGUUUAGCGAGAUGGUUUUGAGAAAUGUGGUUUCUUGGACUUCUAUGAUUAAUGGCUAUGUUGAGAAUGGUGAUUUGGCCUCUGCAAGGAGGUUUUUUGACUUGGCACCUGAGCGAGAUAUUGUUUUGUGGAAUAGCAUGAUUGUGGCAUAUAUCGGAUGCAGGGACAUGGUAGAGGCUCAGAGACUUUUUAAUGUGAUGCCCAAUAAGGAUUUGAUGUCUUGGAAUACUUUGUUGAAUGGCUACGCGAAUUCUGGGGAUGUCGAGGGGUGUGAGAGGGUGUUUGAAGCAAUGCAGGAAAGAAACAUAUUUUCUUGGAAUGGUUUGAUUGGAGGAUAUGCUCAUAAUGGACAUUUUCUGGAAGUUCUUGGUGCCUUUAAGAGGAUGUUAACUGAGUCCGAUGUGCAGCCUAAUGAUGCCACUCUUGUGAAUGUUUUGUCUGCUUGUGCUAGAUUAGGAGCUCUUGAUAUGGGUAAAUGGGUACACGCAUAUGCAGAGAGCAUUGGUUAUAUUGAUAAUAUAUAUGUUGGGAAUGGUUUAAUUGAUAUGUAUGCAAAGUGUGGGGUGGUCAGAAAUGCAAUUGAUGUUUUUAAGAGCAUGGAUAAAAAAGAUUUGAUAUCUUGGAAUACGAUAAUUAAUGGUGUGGCAGUGCAUGGUCAGGGUGCUGAUGCCUUGAAUUUGUUUAGUCAGAUGAGGAAUGCUGGUGUAAGACCAGAUGGAAUAACUUUCAUAGGUGUGUUAUGUGCUUGCUCUCACAUGGGUCUAGUCUCAGAGGGAUUUCAUUAUUUCCAAUCUAUGAUCAAUGAGUAUUUGAUUGUGCCUCAAAUUGAACAUUAUGGUUGCAUGGUUGAUCUUUUGGCUCGAGCUGGCCAUUUUGACCAGGCUGUUGAUUUUGUGCAUAAGAUGCCUAUGCCAGCUGAUAGUGUCAUCUGGACUUCAUUAUUAGGGGCAUGUAGGAUUUACAAGAAUAUUGAUGUUGCCAUACUGGCACUUCAGAAACUAAUAGAGCUCGACCCAAACAACCCUGCAAACUAUGUUAUGCUUGCUAAUAUUUAUGGUGAUGCUAAGAGAUGGAAAGAUGUGGCAAAGCAGAAAGUUGCCAUGAGGGAUACCGGUUUUAAAAAGCUUCCAGGUUGUAGCUUGGUUGAGGUUGAUGAUGAAGUGGCUGAGUUUUAUUGCUAUGAUGAGAGGCAUCCCAAGACACAGGCAAUUUACGGAGCUCUGAAAGGAUUGAUGAAAAUAUCAAUGUCUUCUGGUUAUUUUCUGGACUUGAUGGAAACUGAUCAAUGAACCUUGGGGAAGUUGUUAACAUGUUAUUAUGUCUUGAGAUUUCCAAAUUCUUUUAUAGUUGCUGCAGGAAGCCAGCAAUUGAGAUUUCAAUUUAGACACCGAGAUGGCCAUCCCUUCAUUGCAGUUUUUCUUGAAGGAUUCUCAACGAGUAAUGAUUACCUCUGAGGCCCAGGCUCUUGAUGAUACAGAAGAGGCAAUGCACACAGCUGCGGUUGUUAAUGAACUGUCUAAGGAGAUCUCAUGCAUUCUUGUUGCCCAUCCACUAAAUUCAAAGUGGGCUGCUGGAGCAAAGAACAUUACCAAUGUUGUCCUUUUAAGAGGUUGUGGUAUUUGAAUUGAGGUGGUUGUUAAUUUGUCUAGGUUCCUCAAUUUGAAAAGAUACAUGGGCUCUGGCCAUGCAUGGUUGCUCCUACCAAGAUUAUUGCUGGAUUGGGUUUGUCACUUGGGAUUGAUAUUCUAGAAGCUCCUGAAGCAACAGGGGACUACCAGACAAUAUUAACAUCCAAAACAACUGCCAUAGUUAAGACACUCUCAGCUCCUCUGCAAUCUUGCCUCAAUAUUUUUGUACCUGGAGAAGAUGAGCAUAAACCUGAUAGAUCUGAUGGCUAUGACUUUGGGUUCCUUCAUACUAAGGCAAUUGACGAUGUAGGUCAUGAUAAAGUGAGUGUUUUCAAAGUUAAAGGACUUGAAGCUGUAGAUCAUUCUAUUGGACAGUUGGCUAAACUCUUAUGGCCAGCAGAAUCAUCUGGUAAAACUUGCCCCUUUUGCAUAGUGUAGUUUAAAGGACUUUGUGGGCGCAGUGGGGGGAAGGCAGUCCUGUUUCAUUUUCUCUUCCUACUAUCAAAGAUGAUGAAGAUUAACUAUCGACGUGGGAGUAGAAGGCAGUGAAAGAAGUAGGCAGCCUCAGGCUUUUAGUUGGGGACGAUGCAGACGAUGCUGAUGGCAGUAAAGACAUCAUAAUCUCAGAAGACAACAGCACAUGCCAAUUUGACAGUUGGGACUUGGGUGUGGUUGAGGGAAGGCUUGAGAUUAUCAAUUAAAUAUAAAAUUUCACAAUAAGGUAACUCAUAAUCUUGUGGAAGAAGAAAAAAGUGAAAAUGAGAUGGAAGGCCUAGUGAAAGAGGUUUUCCAUUGAUAAUGUUCUCAACUGCUAUUCAAAUUUCUCUGCCUUCUGAACUAUAUUUAUGUGAUUUGCUUCAGCAGUUUCAUGCUUUCCUUGAUAUGCAGACUAGAAGUUGAAGGGUUUUUCUAUAAACUAUCAUCAAGCCUAUGCAGUGUGACUAGGGUGAUUCUGUUUAUUUAGUUCUGUCAUGAUUAGGAUUUAAAAAAUAAGAUGAUAACACUCUUGUUGCAUUCAGGCUAUCUUGUACUGUAGUUACAGGUGAGGAAUUACAAGAAAUGGACAUGGCUGGGUCAUGCACUUCAUAUUGUUCUUUGUUGUAUUGUAUACAAUUGGCAAUGCAAGUAACACUUCCAAAGGAAAAGGAAAAAAAAUAAAUUAUUCAA